UUUAACUCCUAUUUUGUGUUAUGCUCAAGGGCACAUACACUACACUACGGUAGCCGCUUGUGGCAGAGACAGGAUUUGAACCAGUAUCUUCUUGCCACACAAUGCGUUAACAUUGUAUUUGUGACGUAGUUCGCAUAAAUGCGUCGCUGUGUACAGUGAUGCUGCGACUCAGCUACGCCACCUAGUGACCUCCACACAAGGGGUCACUGAUAAAAUAGCCUAAUAUACGAUGUAUUAAAUGUAUGCGCCUAAAAUUCAUUCAAUGCAAUAUACAAUCGGUCUUGGAAGCUAUUUAAUGACUGUGCAAAUAACUUCAUGAACGCAAGAAAUAAUUAAAUGCUCUUGGAACUUAAUUGCUAUAGACACUUAUAAUUAGCCAAGCGUGCCGUAUUAUUAAGAUAAUAUGUUCUACGUACAAAACUUGUCUGGUUGCUUAUUGAGGCUAAACACGUAAGACUUUGAAGGUGGUUUUUUAUCUGUUUAUAUAUUUACGGCUUAAAGGAGAACUGAAGUCAAAUUUAAUAAUUAAACAUAAAACAUAAGUGACGAUUAAUGGAAAACGGUACUAUUUUGAAUAAAAUAGAUGGACAUUUAAAUUCAGCUCAGUAAAGAUUAUCGAUUAUAACAUUUGACUACAACUUCCCAUCAAUGUUUUAAGAAGAGAGGGUUUUGUGGGUGUUGUAAAUAGGACAUAAAGUUGUCUAAUUAGUGCUGUAACCAGAAAACAAAUACGGAACUGUAUUGUUCGUUGUCUUGCUCCAGGCGUCCAUGGUUUUAGGUUAACAGGCGCAUAACGACGUGUUUCGAUAGUCAGCGGUUGUGUGUUGUACUUGAGUACAGAUUUGCUGAGGUAUAGGCAUAUAACUUGUCCAGUUAAAAGAAAUUUGUAUAUACAAAACAAACAUUUUUGUUGACUUCUUUAAAUUCAGAAACGAAAACCAGCCUAAGUUAAUCAACGAGGAAAGAAAAUUAGCAACAAAACGACAUCAGUGGUUAUAGGUAGAUAUAUUGGAUGUUCUGGACAGUUUAACUUGAACGUGUGGCUCUACUAUGUUGGGACAGGAGAAGCAGUUUAUUGGAAUUCUUCUUAUGUUUAUGCUUACUUUGUUUAUUGGUGGUGGACAUAGCGAAAGUUGCACACAUUACGAACGCGUCACAGCCAACAGCAAGAGCAUUCAGAGCCCGCGAUAUCCGUCCAAGUUUCCGCCACAAACGCAAUGCAUGUGGAGGCUACACACAGAAGUCGGGCAUCGAAUCAAAGUUGAAUUCUCAAACUUUCAACUUGCUGCAGCCGACCCUACAGGUUCAUGUAGGGUUCAAUGGAUUAAUAUUAUGGAUGGGCAGAAGAACGCAGACGAACCGGGGUCUGUUUAUACUUUUUGUGGCACUGAUGUCCCACGGACUAUUGUAUCUUCAGGCAACGUCGUACGUAUCAACCUUCAUUCAAACAACGAUGCAAGGUCUCAUACAUACCGGGGCUUCUCGGCACGAUUGGUGCGAACACAAGAUACACCGUACAUGCCAGGCGACCCGCCAGCGAACGCUCCAGCUGGGCCACAACGACCAUCAUACGUCACCCUUGACUCAGUUCUUAACCGGCUGUCACUAAAUAACCAAAGACCAGCAAGGCCAAGACCUCCAAGGCCGACCACAGAAAGUGAGCGGAUCGAAGAAAUGAACAGAAGACGGAAUCUGGGCCUCCCACCGGAGCCAAGCCGACCAAGUAGCCCCGCGCCGAGCAGGCGGCCCAACAGAAUAAUGGCGAACCAAACACCCCGAUAUAACAGAAGGCAAUCUGUUGAGGUGACGACCCGCGCUCCAUACAUCCCGAGGAAGCGGCGCCCACAAAUGGCGAAAGAAAUUAAGAUUGUCGUAAUUAUGGUGAGCGUGUUAGCGGGCUUGUUUAUCAUCGUGCUUGUACUCAAGAAAUGCGGAUUCUUUAAACGAAUUUGUAACCGGACAAAAGAAGACGAGAAGAAAGAUGGCGACUCGAAAAUUAAAAUGAAAAAUCUUGGAUCAGAUCCAACAAAAUCCAAGGAUUCGGCUCAAAAAGAAGAGAAACAAAAAAAGAAAAAGGCAACAGAGGAUGUAACUUCACCACUACCACAACCAAAAGGACAAACAACUGUUAACGCCGUGUCUUCCAAGUUGGAAGCUUCAAAAUCAAGAAGUCCAAUGACAGACAGCAACGAUUACUCUCAAUAUUACUCUGACCGUAGGAGUUCUAACUUUAACAACCACGCCAAAAGUAAACGGUUGCCAGGUCAAGGUCACACACGCCACGAAACAGCGACGGCUCCUCCGUUACCUCCACGAAGCGUGAGUGUCAGGGGAGAUUACGGUCAGAUGUAUUCACACGAGUAUAAAUCACGAACCGCCUCACGCCGAGCAACUGUGUAUACAAUUGACCAACGGAGAUGAUAUUCUGUUAUGCACCAUUAGUUGGAAUUCCGCCUUUUCCGUAAAGUUCCGCCACGGAAUUGGACUGCUAAUAUAGUAGAGGGGGGGAAGAUGGAGUGGGGCAACACCUACUCAUUCUAUUUUCU